AAAACGGAUGUGCUAACCAAUUAACAGCCGGUUGCCGGUCCUUUCACCACGGUGAAUGUUCAACCGCCAACGCUUUCACUGUUCGCCUGCCGCGCAGCUCACCAUCUUAUUGUUCAAUAUGUCACAGCACGCGAGCUCUGCGAACCUUUCUUUAACACCUUGCCCUUCUUCCUCGCAAAGCCUCGACAGCGACCACAUCGCACUGAACAUCACCAGAUAUCCAAUCUUCUCUGCCAAUCUUCGCCAUUCAGGCGCUUCAGCAAUACCGUGGUUCUUUGACACUUCACCCUUCUUCGCGAAACCUCGACAGUGACCCCGUCGCAUCGAACAUCGCCAGAUAUCUUACCUCUCCUCCGCCAAACAUCAUCCUUCAACGCCUUCAGCGACACCUACACGCUCUCCCAGCUCGCACCGUCCGCAACAUCUCAAAUGGCACAGAAGCCAACCUCUACCGUCCAGCAGCGCACGACCGCGACCCAAACCCACGCCCUCACCAAACCUGCCGGCAUUGAGAAGCGGAAAACCCGCAAACGCCCACGAAAAGUCCAUCCGAAGGUCCUCGGCCCCUCAGAACCUGAGACACACCAACACUCACGCCUCCUCGCCCUCCCAGCCGAACUGCGGCUCAUGAUCUGGGAGUAUGCACUCACCUCGCCAACCGGCACCCUGCGCUACCAUCCACCCACCGGCCGCUUCGACGUUACCUCCAUCGGCGCCGCGCUGCUCACCACGUCCUAUUCGGUCGCACUUGAGACGCUCUAUUUACCGCUGAAGUAUAACACGCUCGUGUUCGAUAGCGGUUCGCAUGAGAUCAACAGCACUGGCUUCUUGAUGUUUACGAGGAGGGUGACAGCUAUUGAGGAUGCUUUUGGAAAUGUGUUGAACAUCAAGGGGGUUACUGUUGGUCCACAUGGAAAGGGCACUGCAGGAGUCCAGGCUAAGCUCUCCGAAAGCAGCGUUGCACAGGGAGUGGAGGAGGCAUGAUGGAGUGUGGGGUGGAGUCAGAGUUAGGAGGGCGGGAAUGCAAUGCUUGGUAGAGACCUAGAGCCGUAGAAUACGAUUGAUUUC